AUGCCUGGACACGCACAGCAGCCGCCUUCACCGCUAGAGCACAUCCGUGGCCACCUCGACAUCCCCAGGACCCCGUCGCCAGCCCACGGCACCAUCAAGGCGGGCGACCUCGGCUACGCCAAGGCCUCGUUCGCGGGCAAGGACGAGCACCGCAAGGCGGUCCUCGACAUCGUCACCGACAACGGCUUCCUCCCCGACGUCCUGUGCGAGAGCGAGGUCGACUGGUUCUACACGCAGCUCGGCAUCGACGACGGCCUGUUCAAGCUCGCGAGCCCGCAAGAGGUGGCCGACCAUGUCGAGAGCCUGUACGGCGCCAAGGUCCAGGCGCACGCGAGCCACAAGGACUACCUCGAGAUCAAGCUCGAGAAGGAGACCGAGAACUCGGCCGUCUUCAUCUUCACCUCGCCGCCGGGCGUCUCGCUCUCGAACGGCCCGCAAUACGAGCAGCGCAUCGACAAGCAGUACCUCGACAAGUCGACGACGACCAACGCCUACCGCCUCGAGUCGUACCGCGCCCAGCCCGCCGCGCAGCCUGCCGCCGACCACCUGAGUGUGCCGAACGGCAACGGCGUCUCGCACACGCCGCCGGCCGAGAGCGUCGCGGCGCAGCUGCGCUCGUACUUUAUCUCCAAGUGCGACUUUGUCGAGUCGAAGCUGUCGCCCGAGGAGCUGCAGCAGCCGGGCGUCGACCUGCGCGAGGUGGCCGACAAGACGUUCCUCGAGAAGGCGACCGAGAACACGCUCGAGAUCUACCAGGAGCUCAUGGACGAGGCCCUGCGCCGCAUGGGCCCUGUCGUCGCCGCGUACGAGGUCGAGCGUUCGCGCGAGCGCCGCAUCGUCAUCGGGUACAAGCAGGGCGGCACCAACAGCUUCUUCUCGGCCCUCUCGGACCUGUACCACUCGUACGGCUUCUACUCGACGCGCAAGUACGUCGAGAACUUUAGGAACGGCGUCACGAUCGUGUCGCUCUACCUGCACCCUCUGCAGGGCCCGCCUUCCGAGGCGAGCAUCCUCCAGAUCAUCAAGGAGUCGUCGCUCAUUUACGUGCUCCCGAACAACCCGCUCUUCACCGGGUCGCAGCUCACGGUGCAGGAGGCGACGUACGCCUACGCCGGGUGGAUCUUUGCGCAGCACUUCCUCAACCGCCUCGGACCGGCCUACUCGGCGCUCAAGGACCUCCUCGACGAGAACGACUCGGUCCAGGCCGGCGUCCUGUCCGACAUUCGCGCCCGUUUCCGCCAAGAGACGUUCACGCGCGGCAGCAUCCUCGAGACGCUCCAGCAGUACCCGGACGUGAUCCGCCUCGCCUACAUCAGCUUUGCGUACCGCCACUACUACAACGUGUUCGGCAACUCGCUCGUCCCGACCCUGUCGUACGCACGCCUCCAGUCGGCCGAGGUCCUGUCUGGCGAGCAGCUGUCGGCCCACAUCAAGAAGCACGUCCUCAACAAGCACGACGCCCAGAUCCUCGAGUCGUUCGUCACCUUCAACGAGGCGAUCCAGAAGACCAACUUCUUCACCCCGACCAAGGUCGCCCUCUCGUUCCGCCUCGACCCGGCGUUCCUGCCGCAGGACGAGUACCCUGUCCGCGCGUACGGCCUGUUCCUCGUCGUCGGCGACGGCUUCCGUGGCUUCCACCUUCGGUUCAAGGACGUCGCUCGUGGUGGCCUCCGCAUGAUCAUGUCGCGCAACCGCGAGAACUACUCGAUCAACCAGCGCAACCUCUUCGACGAGGUGUACGGCCUCGCGUCGACCCAGGCGCUCAAGAACAAGGACAUCCCCGAGGGCGGCUCCAAGGGCGCCAUCCUGCCCGACCUUGGCGCCAACCCGCAGGUCGUCUUCUGCAAGUUUGUCGACGCCAUCUUUGACCUGCUCCUGCCCGGCAAGACGCCCGGCGUCAAGGACAAGAUCGUCGACCUGUACGGCAAGGAGGAGAUCCUCUUCUUCGGCCCGGACGAGGGCACGGCCAACUACAUGGCCUGGCUCGCCAACCACGCUCGCGCUCGCGGCGCCGCCUGGUGGAAGGCGAGCUCGACGGGCAAGCCGGCGUCGACGCACGGCGGCAUCCCGCACGACACGUACGGCAUGACGAGCCUGUCGGUGCGCGGCUACACGACGGGCAUCUACCGCAAGCUCGGCCUGCGCGAGGAGGACACCAAGAAGGUGCAGACGGGUGGCCCGGACGGCGACCUCGGCUCGAACGAGAUCCUCCUCUCCAAGGACAAGACGACGACCAUCAUCGACGGCUCGGGCACGGCGCACGACCCGAACGGCCUCGACCGCGACGAGCUCAUCCGUCUCGCCAAGGCGCGCGUCAUGGUCAGCAACUUUGACCGCUCCAAGCUCUCGCCCGAGGGCUACAUCGUCCUCGUCGACGACCGCGACGUCACGCUCCCGAACGGCGACAUUGUUGCCGACGGCACCGACUUCCGCAACUCGGCGCACCUCCGCUACAAGGCCGACAUCCUCGUGCCGUGCGGCGGCCGCCCCGAGUCGAUCAACAUCGGCAACGUCUCGCGCCUGUGGGACGCCGACGGCGUGCCCAACUUCAAGUACCUCGUCGAGGGCGCCAACCUGUUCUGCUCGCCGGGCGCUCGCCUUCAGCUCGAGAAGAAGGGCGUCGUCGUCAUCCGCGACGCGUCGGCCAACAAGGGUGGUGUUACGUCGUCGAGUCUCGAGGUCCUGUCGGGCAUGUGCUUGAACGACAAGGAGUUCAUCGAGCUCAUGUGCUCGCCUCCCGGUACCGAGACGCUGUCGGACUUCUACCAGGCGUACGCCCGCUCGAUCCAGGAGAUCAUCUCGCAAAACGCGACGUUCGAGUUCGAGGCCAUCUGGGCCGAGCACGAGCGCACCGGUCGCGCCUACACCCUCCUCUCGGACGACCUCUCGCGCAAGCUCGUUCAGCUGCAGGACCAGAUGGAGCAAUCUUCGCUGUACGACGACGUCCCCCUGCGCCGCGCCGUCCUCGCGCGCGCCCUCCCUCGCGUCCUGCAGGACAAGAUCGGCCUCGACACGAUCCUGUCGCGCCUGCCGCAGGCGUACGCCCUGUCCAUCUUUUCGAGCUACAUCGCGAGCCGCUACGUCUACUCGUACGGCAUCGAGUCGAGCCCGAUCGACUUCCACUACUUCCUCCAGAAGCUCUCGGCCGAGGCCGAGGCAUAGGUCAGGUCGUCGCCCCGCUCGCACCCCCCUCCUCCUCUUCUCCCUCCUCCUCCAUAGACCGGCAUCCUUCCUCUUCCCUCUUUCUUAGGCCCUCCCACUGCAGCAUCUCUCUCUCUCCCUCUCCCAUGGCCUCCCUUUUCAUCAGUGCCCCCCUCUCGACCGCUCCACGGACAAUUUCCCCCUCCUCCCUUGAUUUUGCAAAGAUCUGUGCGCUCCCUCUC